UUAAUGUCAAAAGUCUGAAUUUGCCAUUUUUAUUCCUAAGAUGAAUUUCUACAACGUGUCGCAAUUACAUCAUCACAAACACUUUUUAUUAGUCGACGACAAAUUUUCCUCCAUCUCAGCACAUUUAUCUUCUUCUCGCUUCGCAAUCUUUACAAAGACACGUCAAAAUUCUUCUGUUACGAAAUUAGUUAAAUUUUAAAAGCCAACAACAAGCAUUUCUGUCGUCUUCAUCCAACUCAAAACAAUUCAGU